AUGCUCCAGUACAUCCUUUGGAUCUUUUUCUUGGCAACAAUGAAGGCAAGAGGGGAGUUGCCAUUCAUUGCAGAAAACAACGCGGCUAUGAUGGUGAACUGGAAUGCAGUUGAAGAAAACAAAAAAUUAUAUGCAAUUUAUGACACAAGUGUAAACGAUCCCGGCAACAUGUCCUUCGUGAAAGAAACUGUGGAUAAAUUGUUGAAGGGCUACGACAUCCGCCUCCGGCCGGAUUUCGGAGGUCCGCCCGUCUGCGUGGGGAUGAACAUCGACAUCGCCAGCAUCGACAUGGUUUCCGAAGUGAACAUGGAUUACACUCUGACUAUGUAUUUUCAACAGUACUGGAGAGAUAAGAGGCUGGCUUAUGCUGGCAUACCUCUCAACCUCACUCUUGAUAACCGAGUGGCAGAUCAGCUUUGGGUGCCUGACACGUACUUCUUAAACGACAAGAAAUCUUUUGUGCACGGCGUUACUGUGAAGAACAGAAUGAUUCGCCUUCACCCGGAUGGAACGGUGCUUUAUGGCCUCAGAAUCACAACCACUGCAGCAUGUAUGAUGGACUUGAGAAGAUACCCAUUAGAUGAACAAAACUGUACUCUGGAAAUAGAAAGCUAUGGCUACACAACUGAUGACAUAGAGUUCUACUGGAGAGGUGGAGAUAAUGCAGUCACUGGUGUGGAGAGGAUUGAACUUCCUCAGUUCUCUAUUGUGGAAUACAGACUGGUGUCAAAGAAUGUUGUCUUUGCCACAGGUGCCUAUCCAAGACUCUCACUGAGCUUCAGGUUGAAGAGGAAUAUAGGCUACUUUAUUCUUCAAACCUAUAUGCCGUCCAUACUGAUUACCAUUUUAUCAUGGGUGUCAUUCUGGAUCAAUUAUGAUGCAUCAGCAGCAAGAGUUGCCCUUGGAAUUACAACUGUGCUGACUAUGACAACAAUCAACACUCACCUGCGAGAGACUUUACCUAAAAUCCCAUAUGUUAAAGCCAUUGACAUGUAUCUCAUGGGCUGCUUUGUGUUUGUCUUCUUGGCCUUACUUGAAUAUGCCUUUGUCAACUACAUUUUCUUUGGAAAAGGCCCUCAAAGGCAGAAGAAACUUGCAGAAAAAACAACAAAGGCAAACAAUGAUCGCUCAAGGUUUGAAGGCAGUCGGAUGGACACCCAUGGAAACAUUCUGCUAACAUCGCUUGAAAUUCACAACGAGGUGGCAAGCAAUGAGGUCACCACCAGUGUUACAGAAGCCCGAAAUUCCACUAUAUCCUUUGACAGCUCAGGAAUCCAAUACAGAAAACAAAGCUCACAUCGUGAAAGCCUUGGAAGGCGUUCGUCAGAAAGAACAGGCACCCAUAGCAGGAGGGGCCAUUUACGAAGAAGGUCUUCACAACUGAAAAUAAAAAUCCCUGAUCUAACGGAUGUGAAUGCCAUUGACAGAUGGUCAAGAAUGGUGUUUCCAUUCACAUUUUCUCUUUUCAACUUAAUUUACUGGCUAUACUAUGUUAACUGA